AUGAGUUUGAACACCUCUGCUAUCAACUACAAGCACUCAACGCCCUUCGAACGGACUUUGACAGAUGUUGCAAGUUUCGAGCGGGUCAAGGCAGCACAGAGGUCGGUAGAUCACCAUAUCAAGAUUGUGGUGGUAGGUGAUGGUGCUGUGGGUAAAACUUGUCUUCUGAUAUCAUAUACGCAGGGUAGGUUUCCGGAAGAAUACAUUCCGACGGUGUUCGAGAACUACGUGACUAGGAUCAGAGGUCCAGGCAACAAAGCCAUUGAACUCGCAUUGUGGGACACGGCAGGUCAGGAAGAAUAUAAUAGACUACGACCUUUGUCAUACACAGACGUGGAUCUCUUGAUGGUGUGUUAUGCUGCCAACAGCAAGACUUCGCUACAAAACGCUGAAGAGCUUUGGAUACCUGAAGUACGUCAUUUCUGUCCCGACACGCCGAUCAUGCUGGUUGGCACCAAAAGCGAUCUGUACGCCUCGGACCAGCUCGAAAAGCUGGUGGAUCCCACUGUGGCAGAAACUCUGGCCCUGCAAGAGGGGGCAGUGAGCCAUUUUCAGUCUUCUGCGAAGUCUCACCAUAACAUAGACGAGGUCUUCAGUGCGGCCAUGACUGCUGUAUUGCAUAGCUCUUCGAAUAGACAAAGAAGUUUUCUGCCUGUUGGGCGGAACAGAAAAACAAAUGGGCGACGGAAACACCGGUGCUCCGUUCUUUGA